AUGAGUGAACCGGAACUGAAGAAAAUAAAAAUAAACCAAUAUCCAAAUACUCCCAUCGCUGAUAAGAACAAUAAUAGAUGUAUUUUCUUCAUUACAAAGAAGAAUAGGCAAUGUGGUAUGUUGAAAAGUGGUCAAUCCAAAGAUUAUUGUACGGAACAUUUAAACUACUUAAAAAAAAAGAAUGGUGAAGCUAUCCACAAUGGGAAAAAAGGUAAAAGAGUUCCUUGUCCUUUGGAUCCUAACCAUACUUGUUGGGAAAUUGAUCUAAAAAAGCAUUUGAAAAAAUGCAAUAAAUUAAAAGAAAUGGAUCUUAACACGGGGAAAUCAUGGUUCAAACUAAAUUGCAAUUGUAUUCAAGCAUCUACCACCAUCAAAAUCCCCGAAAAUAUAAAAGAAAUUAUUGUAGAAAAAGUUUUGCCCCUUUUGGAAAAUAUAAUUAAAGAUAGUCCAGAUUUUAUUAAAGACCCGGGCAUGGAACUGCUAAUUGAUAAUCACAUAGAAAACCAUAGAGUUCAAAAUUUAGGUAACAAACAUCAUGCUAUUCAACAAUCUUCGUUAAUACAACAUAUUAAAAAAAGUAUUGGAAACACUAAAACUGAUGGUAGCGAUGAUAAUAAUGUUACCUCCUUAUUUAUUGAAUUUGGUUGUGGACGUGCUGAAUUAUCCAGAUAUUUAAAUUUAAGCUUAGCUCUGGAUGUGCAAGAUAACAUUAUUAACAACACUAACCGUACGAAUUUCUUAUUAAUUGAUAGAGGUCACAAUCGAAUGAAAUUUGAUAACAAAUUCAAAACAGAUGUACAAUUUAUUACCACUGGAAAUAUUGCCACCGGUAAAUAUAAUUUGGAUAAAGUGGUUAGAGAAAAAGUAGAUAUUAAAGAUAUUUCUUUACUGGACUUAAUAAAAGAGGAUAGCUUUAAUGACCUGGAUCAAGUUGUUAGCAUAUCUAAACACUUAUGUGGUGCUGCUACUGACCUAACAUUGACUUGUCUAAAAAAUUACCAUGAUGCUACCACCACUGAUAUGUUAAUUGUUAUUGCUAUGUGUUGCAGGCAUGUUUGCGAUCCAAACAAUUAUGUAAAUAUGCCUUUUAUUGAAAGAAUAUUGGAAAAAUAUAAAGAUUGUGACAAGAAAGAAGAAGAUUCUAUAACACCCACAGUUUUUUUCUAUGCUUUGACCAAGUUAGUCAGUUGGGCCACUUGUGGGAGGAGAGAAGAUAUUGAUGAUGAUAGUACCACCCAUUUUAGUAAAAAAUCAGUCGAAGAAAGGGAACAACUUGGAAUGAUUUCCAGGAGAAUUAUUGAUUACGGUAGAUAUGAAUAUGUUAAAACACAUUUUUGUAAUAAUGAUGGCGGUAAUAAAUUUGGUAUUAAAUUGGUUCAGUAUUGUAAACCAACUGUCUCAUUAGAAAACGUUGCAUUGGUUUUGUAUAAAAAAUAG